UGGUCGUUUUGAGACAUCAAAUCGCAGCGCAACAAUAGGACAUUCGUCCAUAUUUGGUGUCCACUACGACCAAGUAUCAGUAUUGUGAAAAUGACUUCCCAGCGAUCUUUGCUUGAAAAGGCGUACCUGGUGUACUUUGCCUUACACAUCCCCAUCCUGUUCCUCGUCGACCUCGUGCCUUUUUAUCCGCGCUCGCUAUGGGCCACCUCCAGCGCGCCUCUGUCCUUCUUAGGCGACAUACGUGCUUACUACUUUGAGGCGUACAAGGACCAAUUCUUCGCCCCUCCACCAGCAACCGUCCCCUCCUUCUUCCCGCUCUUCGCCCUCCUGGAGCUGGUCAUCCACCUGCCCGUCUCGGUGUGGGCGGUGCGCAAGCUUUGGCCCAGCGCUCCCGGGCUGGACGGGAAGGCCGAGCUCCUGCUUCUUGUCUACGGCGUCGAGACGGUCCUGACGACCGCGACAUGCAUGUGGGAGGCGUGGCAGUGGGACGAGAAGCUGGUCAGCCUGAGCGAGAAGACGACGCUUCUAGGCGGCCUCUACGGCGCCUAUCUCGCACUUGCUGCUAUUCUGAGCGUUGACAUGUACGUGCGGAUUUCCAAAAGAUUUGAUGGCAUUGAUGGGAGGAAGAAGGUGCAGUAAACUCUCUUGCUCUCUGAGGGAGGCGCGGGAAAACUACGUCCUCUUUACCGUUGAUCUCCCUCAUGUGGCACUACAUAUGUCUAUAUUUAAGUUUUCUUGGCGAUUUUAACAUGUAUCUUGUGAUCCGGCCAAGAUCCGACCAUGUCAUUCAUGUAAAAUAUUAUAACCAGAUAGCCGAAGCUGCCAUACGGGUCUGAACCCAACGCGCAAGCAAUCAAGAUUAUGAGGGCCUUGAUGGUCUUGAUCAGUUUUGAGUCGUCUAGCCCGCAUAUACACGAGUUUGAAAUGACGUGCGGGAUUGUGCUGAGGGCU